AUGUUGUGCGUUAUUGCCGCAGGUGGAAGGUGGCAGAUUCAAGAGGAAGGCAUCCUGAACAUCACAGAGGUCUUGUUUGAGGACCGCGGCAGCUACACCUGCGUUGCCUCGAGCGCCAGCGGCGGCACCCAAAACUACACGGUGACUCUUCGCGUUGCCUACUCUGACAGUGGCUUGGGGCUGCAUUUCGUCGUUGUGUGCCUGGUGGCCUUCACCAUCACCAUGAUCCUCAACGUGGCCCGCCUGUGCAUGGUCAGCAGCCACCUCAAGGAGAUGGAGAGGGUCAUCAAUGAGUUCUUCCGGACAGAGGGCACAGAGAAGCUGCAGAAGGCAUUCGAGGUUGCCAAGAGCAUCCCCAUUGUCACUUCAGCCAAGACGGUGGAGCUCGCCAAGGUCACGCAGUUCAAAACUAUGGAGUUUGCCCGUCACAUCGAGGAGCUGGCCCGCAGCGUGCCUUUGCCGCCACUCAUCCUAAACUGCCGGGCGGUGGUAGAGGAGACGGGGGAGACCGGGAACCCUGCGUCAGAACACAUAGAGUCGACUGUGGCGAGAGGGAACAGACAGAUUACUGCCCCCCCCAACCCCGACAAGGAUGCAGAGGAGCAGGCACUGCUUUCAAGCAAAGGGCAAAGGAAUGAUGGAGGUGGUGACUACGUCAAAGUGUCUGUCCAUACAACUUCUGAGAAGACCGUCAGUGAGGAUAGAGGACCCGCUCAUGUGCUCCCACCAGGCACACGAACAUCUGUGUGAUAUAAGUAAUGUGAAUCCCAUCAAAAACUAAUUUCUGAUUGCAAAUUAGUGAUCAAGAAAUUGUUAAAUUGUGCAGCUGAUUAUUAGAUAACAUUCUUAUCUCCUCCCUUUCUUAUUUAAUUGUGUCACCAAGUCUUGUAUUGAAACAUCUUGUUUAUGAUAAGUUAUGAAUUCAUCUGUGGACAUUAAAAUACUGUUUUCCUUCCUGCUUAAAA